AUGUCACAUUUAACGAUCAAAGAAAAGAGAGAAGAAAUACGCAGAGAACAAAAGAGAAAAUGGAAACAAAAACAAAAAUUAUUGAGACCAGCAAAAGAGUUGUCUCAAUCUACAGCGGCUGUAAAGAAGAGGCAGCAAAGAGAGAGACUUGCUCGGAAAAAAGAGGAAGAAAGUGAAAAAAGACAACAAGCUGCAGAAAGAAAGCGGAAAAGUAGGACAGCCCUUAAGAGUAAACAGAUUCAAGAAAAAUCAAAGAAGGAAGAAAGACGCAGGAAAAACACAGAGAAACAAAGACGAUGGCGAGAAAAGAAAAAAAUACUCACACAACACAAUCUCCCGCUCACACAAGAGGAACAACAAAUAUUUCAAAAUAAAAUGAGUAAAUCCCGAGCAAUAAGAAGGUUAAAGGAAGCACUUCCCAGAACACCUGUAAAAAGAAUUGCAACAGUAAAGGCCUACUUGUCCUCAAAGAAAUCACCCACGGUCAAGGAACUACAGCGUAGAAAGGUUGUACCAUCACCGGAAGAACGCAAAGAAUUGGAAAUGAAUGAAUCUGUUAUACAGGAUGUGAAAUCGUUCUUGAAUUCGGUGAAAUUUAAGCGGAGCGAUAAGUCGCGGGAAGCCGUGGACAUUUUAGCUGCAUCUGUAUCAAGACCAUUAGUUCAAAAAUCAAGGGCCAAAGUUGACCUUGCGAGAAAACUCGGAAUGCCUGUUAGAAGGAUCUCAAAGGGUGUUCGAAUCCGACAACGAGUUCUGCAUUCAGAAGAAUCAUCCUUUGAGUUUACAAAAAGGAAAACAAGGUCAGAUAAACUAACUGAAGAAGUACAGAAAACAGUUUAUGAUUUUUGGUGUCUACCCGAAAAUUCGCGACACACUGGAAAUAAAACUGAUGUCAAGCGUGUCCGAAUAGCUCCAAAAACUUACUGUAGCCACGCUAUUCAAAUUCUAGAAAAAACACAAAGUGAACUGUUCAUGUCCUUUAAUCAACAUUACCCUGAAAUUAAGAUUUCACAGAGAACAUUUGAAAAAUGUAAGCCAUAUUUUGUCCGAUCUGCAAGGAAAAAGGAUAGAACAACAUGCUGCUGCAGGUACCAUCUAGAGAGCAAGUUUUUGUUCAAUGCUUUCAAAGCACGUAGAAAUCAAUUGGCAAACGAUGGGUUGCUGGACGAAAACACAUGUAAGGUUUACAGAACAAUUUCAGAAUUAUAUUAA